AGUAUUGCACACCCUCACAAUAGUCCAUUUUCUUCUCUCAUUCGCAUCACUAUGCUCGCCCUUGGGACGCUCUCCUCUCUCCCGAUGCUCUUCUCCCCUUCGCCCCAUCUCGCCCGCCGCCUCUCGUUCGCCGCCGCCCGCUGCUUUCCACCGUCUCCGACCCCUCUUUCUGUCCCUCGCUUCCCAAUCCGCCGCCGUGCCGUGAUCCUCCAAGUGAGAGCAAUUGCAAGUCCAACAGAAAGUGUUGCUGGAUUUGAAGAUAUGGUUUCCAGUACUCAGAGAAAAUACUAUAUGCUUGGAGGAAAAGGAGGUGUUGGGAAGACUAGUUGUGCUGCUUCACUAGCUGUGAAAUUUGCUAAUCAUGGUCAUCCGACUAUUGUUGUGUCAACUGAUCCAGCACAUUCCUUGAGUGAUUCUUUUGGGCAAGAUUUAAGUGGAGGAACACUGGUACCUGUUGAUGGAGUGGAUUCUCCACUGUUUGCUCUUGAGAUAAAUCCUGAAAAGGCAAGGGAAGAAUUUCGCUCUGCUAGUCAAAAAAGUGGUGGGACUGGGGUUAAGGACUUUAUGGACAGUAUGGGCCUUGGAAUGCUCGUUGAACAGCUUGGAGAAUUAAAACUGGGCGAGCUGCUGGAUACACCUCCUCCAGGAUUGGAUGAAGCAAUUGCAAUUUCCAAGGUAAUGCAAUUUGUGGAGGCACAAGAAUUUAAUAUGUUUAGUCGUAUAGUAUUUGAUACUGCUCCUACUGGCCAUACUCUUAGACUUUUGUCCUUGCCAGACUUUUUGGAUGCUUCCAUAGGCAAGAUAUUGAAGUUGAAAAAGAAAUUGACUUCAGCUACAUCAGCUAUCAAAUCUGUAUUUGGUCAGGAGGAGCAACCAGCCCAGGAUGCAUCUGACAAACUAGAACAACUAAGGGAAAGGAUGGCUAAGGUCCGAGAGCUUUUCCGUGACAAUGAGUCGACUGAAUUCGUUAUUGUAACAAUCCCUACGGUGAUGGCAGUGAGUGAAUCAUCAAGACUUCAUGCUUCCUUAAAGAAGGAAAAUGUGCCGGUCAGAAGGCUUGUUGUCAACCAGAUUCUGCCGCCAUCAUCAUCAGACUGCAAAUUUUGUGCAAUGAAAAGAAAGGAUCAAAUGCGUGCCCUGGAUAUGAUCCAAAACGAUCCUGAGCUCAGUAGCCUGAGGAUUAUCGAAUCACCGUUAGUUGAUGUAGAGAUCAGAGGAGUUCCUGCUUUAAGAUUUAUGGGGGACAUGGUGUGGAAGUGAACUUACCAACCAUAAAACAAUUGGUUUUUUCCUGUUAUACUACUCCCACAGCAGCAGCAGAUUUCAAAACGUAAUGGCGAAAGGACCGAGGAACAUACUAGUAAUUUUUUCAUCUUCAUCUUGCUCUGAAGAUUCUGAUCAUAAAACAAGACAUGAAAAACUCAACCGGUUAACUUCCAAAGUCUGUCUUUCAUAGUCGAUACCUUUUAUGUUUUGUUGCUGGAAGGUGUCUUUAUGAUUAUUAUGCAUGGUUAUAUUAUGUAUUUA